AUGAGACUUCUAAUCGUGGCAGGCAGCAUUUUUGCAUUGGCAGGUGCUUCUCUGCUUACGGUGUCACUCCAACCUGACGAGACGUCAUGCUUCUAUGUCUUUGCAGACAAGCCGCAGGUGAAUGUUAACUAUUACUUUGCUGUUCAAAGCGGUGGAUCAUUUGAUAUUGACUACGCUGUUAGAGGGCCUGACAAGAAGGUCAUUGCACAGGACGAGAAGCAGCGACAGGGAGAGUGGUCCUUUGUAGCGGACACUGCUGGGGAGUACGAGCUUUGCUUGUCCAAUAGGAUGUCGACGUUUUCAGAGAAGGUUGUUGAUUUCCAGUUCACCACGGACAGCGAUGUCCAAGCAGGAUUCAACUUUGGCCAUUUGGCAGAUGAAACCAUCAACGAGGUGAGCGAAUCAGUGGAGCAUAUAAGGGACCAGGUGAAUCAUGUGAUGAAAUCACUGCAGUACUAUCGGACCCGCAGUCAUAGAAACCAUGCAACGGUGAAAUCCACGCUUUCAAGGAUAUACACCUUCUCCCUCUAUGAGAUCUUGUUCUGUCUGGGAAUGGCUCUGUUGCAAGUUAUUGUUGUUGAGCUGUUCUUUAGAUUCAGAGUGAAGGAUUUUGAAGUAUAG